CUCGCACGCGUAUUUCGCGACUCGCGACGCGACGUGCCGCCGUGCGAAUAUACUCCUCCGUCUUUCCCGUGCGCGUACCUUUUCUACAAAUUUCCACGCGUCCACGCGCCGCGACCGUUCGCUUUUCGCGCGCGUCCACGCUCGCCGUCCGUGUCGAGUUGUUGACAGCGCGUCGAGGCACCGGCUCCGGGGCCCCCCGAAAAACGAGACGUAUUAAUACCCUCUCUCUCUCCACAUCUCUAUCUCUAUCUCUCUCUCUCUCCAGGGGGACUAUCUCGACACGACACGACACGGUGUUACGAGUGUCCCUCCGACGAGGAGGAGUGCGCGGCCGCUUGUUCUUCCGAGAAGAAGGAGGCAUGGAGUGCGUUCGAUGCGCCCGUUUCAAACUGUCAAGGCAACCCGUCACCCAGGUCGCAGCAAGAUCGCAACGCAAGCCCGAUGUCGCGAUCGACGAUGACCGUACGAGCGUGUGAGGUACCAAAAUGGCGAGGAUGAGCAGCUUCUGCGUCGAUGCCUCGACGAUCUCUCGCAGGAAGAACGCCCUGAUUCGAGAAGGGAAGAAGCACAAGCGCGACUUGCCCGAUGCACCGAGGAUCCUUCGAGGACCCCAGGAAGCAGAAGUAGGCGGCAGGCAGGAAGAGGCGUCAUAAUAAAGGCGUAAUAAACGAGAUGGACGAGAUACGCGGCUCGUCGUCGACUCGCCGUCUCUCCCAGAUCCUGGACCCGAUCACCAGGCUGGCUGGCGACUUCGGCUCCAGCUCGGCGCCGUGCAGCCCGCGGCUGGGAACGCGCGUGCACGACGCGGGCAGCGGGCCCCCGGGUGGCCAGUCGGGCCCGGCCACCGCCGGCGGCAGUCCGUCGUCGUCUCGCGCUGCCGGACCGAGCGGUUCCGCGCAACAAACCGGUGGCUCGAAUCCGGACAGUCCGCGACUCUGGCCCCGACAGCUUCGACAGGCGCCCACGCCGCCGCCACGGCCUAGGCACGUCGUUACCACCGCCGCCACCGCCGUCAGCGCCACCGCCACUAGCGCCUCUUCCGGGAAUAUUAAUAACAACAACAACAACAACAAUGCGGGAGGCGAGAUCGACGCCAGUAUCGUGCCAUCGCCGGCGGUGGUGCACGCGAGGGACUCGCCCUACGUCAACGUGCCGAAUUUGUUCUUCCACAAGGAUAAGAGCUUCGCCGAGAGCGCCAGGAGCGCCGGCUACAUCGAGCUGCGGGAGAAGCCCAAGUGCAGUCCGUACGAUUUCACUUCCGAGCCGAGCGGUCACGUGGAGUACGCGGACAAGAGGACAUUCAUUACCUCGGAUUUGGCUUACGACGUCGGGAAGGAAGCCGGCGGUCCUCUCUGCAGAGGGAGGUCGAACUACGAGCCUGGGCCUUCGAGCGGCAGGGCUCACUUCGACAGGGCCUUCUCGUUCUCCGGCAGGCAACCGGAGCAGCAACCCUCGGUUGCCCGGAUGUACGAAACAGGGAGAUUGUUCGUCGAUCCGAGGACCACCGCUGGUGGCAGCGUCGACUUGAAGAGGGAGAAGCUGGACGUCCGGCCCAGCUACGUCACCUCCAAGAGCUUCGACGGGUACACGACGACGGUGGAGGAACUCAACUGGCAGGAGAGGUGUUUGGAAUUGCAGCUGGAGCUGCACAGGAGCAGGAGCCAGGCGACCAGGGUGAGGGACAUGCUUCGCGAGAAACUCUCCGAGCUCGAACAACGGGUUCUUGAAGCAGAGGGCAGAGCAGAUGAAGCUGAAGACAAGGUACGGAUGAUGGAGGAGCGGCUGGUGAAGGGUGAAUACUGCCUGAGCACAUCCGGUGUUGGUUCUCCACCGCAUUCGCUGCCGUCGACCUCCGGUACGCAGAAUGACAAGAUCGAGGAUGCCCAUUGCGCCUGCAUCUCGAAGCUAGAGACCCAGGUCGAGGAGCAGAGGCAGUUGCGGCUUCAGGACGCCAGGCAAGUGGAAGCAAAAGCAGCGAGGAUAAAGGAAUGGGUCACUAAUAAGCUGAGAGAACUGGAACAGCAGAAUCAACACCUGAGAGAGCAGAAUAAUAAAUGCAACCAGCAGCUUGAACUAUUGCGCAAUCAUAUAACCAAUAUCGGACUCAAACCCCCCGCACCAACGAGAGCGUCGCUGUCCCUGGAAGUGGACAACCCCUUACGCAUUGAUCGUCGACGAUCGGAGAGCCUUGAGGGUACCCCGCAGACGGUGCCCGAGUGCGUGCAGACUAUCGUGGUGGAGCCGCAAAGCACGAGCACGAAGCACCGAAGACACUUGUCUGCUUGCGGCACCAUUCAACGAGGAGUCGUUGCCGCUAACAUGGAUUCGAGUCUGCUGUCCGAGGAGUUGGCCGCCGCGGUGGAGAAUCUGGUGAUGCUGCCGAAUAUGUCCGGCGUCUCGGAGGCGAGCAGAGACAGCGGAAGCUCGGAAGCGGUGCACGACUACGCGGAGAUAUACACGCCCAGUCGGGAGGGUAUGAACUGGCUGCAGGGGAGCGGACAAGGUCCUCGUCCGCCGACCCCGCCGUUGCACAGGUUUCCCAGCUGGGAGGCCAAAAUAUAUCAGGUGGCGGACGGUGGCCUUGGCAUCGGUCCGCCGACGAACGAGGAGUCGGCACCUUCUACGAUGAACACCAGCUCGUCGAAGCAUUCCCAAGCCACGGGACACAACUUGACGGCACACAAUUCUCAAGGCUACUGCGAUAUUUCCGUUCCAGUAUACGCCACAGUCAAAGGACGUGCCAGUCAGAUCAGAUCCAUGCCUUUUGGCGACAGCUCCGACGAUAGCUCGGACGGCGAGGAACAUCCAAAUCAAACCGAGACAAAUACCAGAAUCACCAACAGCUCGUCCGACAAUACGGAUUCCUCCCUCGGUAGUGGGAGCAGCCCCUCAAAAAGCAUCAAAACCACCAGUAGUCUGAGUCCCGCGAAAAGAAGUUCCAGUGGGUCUCCUAGUAAAAGCGUAAAACAUACUUCUCUCGAGUCAGGAUUAUCUGAAGAUUAUGCGAUACCUCCUGAUGCGCUCAGUUCGACGUCUUUGGAAUCCAGUAUGCCUAGCUUGCUGAUGCGCGUUUCCGGCGAAAGUCCAAAGAGACAGGAAUCGCUGGAGAAGACGGGUCAUUUGGCAAAGUUGGGUGGCAAAUUAAAAACUUGGCGAAAACGAUGGUUCGUGUUGAAAAAUGGCGUGUUGACCUAUUGGAAGAGCCAGAAUGAUGUCAAUCGAAAACCGCAAGGCCAAAUAAUUUUGGAUGAAGUGUGCAGGAUCAACAGAGCUGAAGGUGCCGCUACUUUUGAAAUAGCCACUGGUAAGAAGACAUAUUACUUGACUGCGGAUUGCAUUGCCACGAUGGAAGAUUGGAUAAGGGUACUACAGAACGUACAAAGGAGAAACGCAACGAAACUCUUGCUUAGCAAGGAGGACAACAAACCAACGAUACAAGGCUGGUUAACCAAAGUAAAAAAUGGCCAUGCUAAAAAAUGUUGGUGCGUUCUCAUCGGCAAGAUGUUCCUUUACUUUAAGUGUCCAAGUGAUACGAAUCCUAUCGGCCAAAUCAACAUGAGGGAUGCUCGAGUAGAGGAGGUGGAACAUGUGUCGGAUAGCGAUAGCGAGGAGAGGGACGCCGAAUGCCCGCACGAGAGAACGAUCGGCAUCUUUCCGACACAUCAGGGUCCGACGUAUCUAUUGAUGCCGCAUAAGCAGGACAAGGACAACUGGCUCUACCAUUUGACGGUGGUGUCUGGCGGCGGACCGAGUGCGGGUACGCAGUACGAGCAACUGGUGCAAAGACUAAUGGAAACCGAUGGUGAUCCCAGUUGCGUUCUGUGGCGGCAUCCUCUGCUGUUGCACACAAAAGAGAGCAUUACUAGUCCGCUGACCAGCCUGACCUCCGAAUCUCUGCAAACUGAAGCCAUAAAGCUCUUCAAGGCCUGUCAACUAUUUAUGUCGGUGGCAGUAGAGCAAGCAGGUAUCGACUACCAUGUGGUUCUAGCGCAAAACGCGUUACAGCAAUGCCUAGAUCAGCCUGAACUUCAAUCUGAAUUUAUAUGCGCACUGGUAAAGCAGACAAGUCGUCACACGCAACACCGUUUGGGCGUACAGCAACUCCUCCUCUGCGCCACGCAAUCGCUCUUCACCUGCGAUACGCAAAGUCCCGCGGCAAAUGGCAGCGGUGAAAAUGCGGACGCGCAAUCAACGGCCUCGACUUCUCACAGUCCUCCGCUCACGCAGGGCCACUCGACCUCCACUAUCUUGGACUGCAAAACUAAUCCCGCCCAGUACGUGCUUAUCCAGGGAUGGCAGCUCCUGGCCCUCGCCGUCUCUCUCUUCCUACCCAGGAACAAUCGGCUACUCUGGUACCUGAAACUGCACCUGCAGAGAAACGCCGACAGCAAAACGGAAUGCGGCAAAUACGCGGCUUACUGCGAGCGAGCCUUGGAGAGAACGUUGCAGAACGGUGGUAGAGAGGUGAAACCCUCGAGGAUGGAAGUGCUGUCGAUACUAAUGAAGAAUCCGUACCAUCAUUCAUUGCCGCAUGCCAUACCGGUUCACUUCCUCAACGGCACCUAUCAAGUCGUGAGCUUCGACGGUAGUACGACAAUAGAGGAAUUUCUCACCACCCUUAAUCAGGAAAUCGGCUGCAGGGAUGUUCAUCAGUCUGGCUUCACCCUAUUCAGCGAUGAUCCGAUCGAAAAGGAUCUCGAGCAUUUCAUUGACCUGCAAGCAAAGCUGUGCGAUAUUAUCUCAAAGUGGGAGACUGCGUUACGAGAAAAAGGCUCAGGAAAGUUCGAAAAUACUCGAGUGAUACAAUUAACGUACAAAUCGCGUUGCUACUGGCGGCAAGCUGCUAAAAUGGAAACUGACAAGGAGAGGCUCUUGUUGUGUUAUCAAGUGAAUCAACAAGUUGUACAAGGAAAGUUUCCGCUAAAUCGCGAACUCGCCUUCGAAUUGGCAUCGUUAAUGGCACAGAUCGACUUUGGAGAAUACAACAACGACAAAGCACGUGGCAGCGGUCCCGGAAGCAAUCCGCAUCAUCUCGUACUCCAAGCCUUGGAUAAAUUUUAUCCGAUACGCUAUCGGUCCAACAUCACCGCCGAUCAAUUGAGGGAGUUGCAGGAGAAAUUGCAGGAUAAGUGGAUCGGUUUGAAAGGACGUAGCGUAUUGGACUGCGUUCGUAUAUAUCUCACGUGUACCAGAAAGUGGCCUUUUUUCGGAGCUACCCUGUACCAAGCAAAGUUGAAACAAACCGAGCCCGUGACUGUUUGGAUAGCGGUUUGCGAGGACAGUGUGACGUUACUCGAGUUGCAAACAAUGGCGGUGGUGUGCCGUUAUAAUUAUGCAAACAUAGUGACGUUUGGUGGCUGUUUAGACGAUUUUAUGCUUGUUGCUUGUCCGGACGAGGGUGCGGCCGAACAGAAACUGCUGUUCGCGCUCUCUAAACCCAAGAUUUUGGAGAUAACGUUGCUGAUUGCCGAUUAUAUGAACGCACUAGGUCAUGCAUUACCUGGCACUCCACAAAUGAAUACUCUAACCCGCAAUGGGUCACAUCGAUCCAUUAAAUCCACUAUGAGACCUGCGACUGGUUCAAGCUGUCUUCCAACUCAACCUGAUAUAUUGAAAUCGACGCCAGAUCACCAAAGACCUUAAUAAAAAGGCUGGUCGUGUUUUGAGAAGGACUAUGGGAAUAUAUAUUUCUUGAAUGUGUGCGGAUGUGUCUGAUGCAUAUUUUGUCGUUUGUAUUAUAUAAAGGCAGCGUAAAAAGUGCAGUAUUAGUAUCAUACAUGCGUGAAGCGCAUCGUUUUUUUUAUUUUCUGCGAAGCGUAAUCGCAGUCACGUUUGAAUCAUAAUUACGUUUACGUCGAAUAAUGCAUGUAAAUUAGUAUCGAGUAUUUCAAAUAAGAUCGUAUUUUAAUGUAAAUAUUUAACGAUUAGAACGGCGAAAGAGAGAGCUAACUAUGAAGUACAGAAUCGUACAGGUGGCUUAAGAAAUGUGGUUGAAAUAAAAAUCGAUCUGUAACACUGCCUAUAAUAAUUCGUAUGCGCGAUAUUACACAUCGAAUAGUUUCAUCCCGCGACUAAGUAUCACGCUGAGAUUUUUACUACCGUAUUUAUAUACCAAAAAUUAAAAGCAAAAAAAAA